AUGAUCAUUCCUUCGACAAUGGUCUUAUUCCAGCCACUAGGAUCAAGCCUUAGGAUGCUCUAUGCAUCAGGUGACAUGGCCAUCCCUAUGGACUGUGUUGUGGCUUGUAUCCCUGGAACCCAGAAUCCAUAUGGCGUGUUUGCUUGGACGAGGGGCUUGUCAAGUUAUCUUGCCGAACCGUGGCAUGACACUUUGAUCCAUUCUGGAGUUAGAAAAGUUCUAAACAAAUUCCGACACAGCAGGACGGCUCAAUCAGAAAAAUUUCCCUGUGACAGAAACAUUGCUAAUAUCACAUCAGGAAGCCUCAAGUAUAGUUUUCUUGACAAGUCUGUUGGAUUAUCAUCUUUGUUUGAGAUAAGCAGAGACUCUGUAGUGGAUGAUACUUUACAGAUCGUUGAGGCGUGCCACCCAUUGCAUGUUCCUGGUUUUGAAAGUUUGAUCAUUCCUAUUAAAACACGAGGUUAUGUGUUGAAAGUGAUUAAUGGGAAUACUGCACUUGUACGGUGGGAGUACAAACUAUCUGGAGUGCUUGUGCUGCUUUUGCGUUUGGCCCAGGAGCUGUAUUUGGAUAGCACUGAGGAAGUCCUUGUCACUCUUGACUUGCUUAGUCGGUUGGUGACCUUUAAUGCGGCUGUAUGUUCUGCUUUUAUGGAAAUUGGAAAUUCUUUACAUGAAGAAGCGACUCCAAUGAAUGGGCAAGUAGAGAAGUAUGCAUGGAUUAAUUUUGUUCAGAUCAUUUGCACUUUGGUCAAAAAUCACAAUCCUAAUUGUGAUGGUGUGGUGAUGAUGUCCCUGGGUGUAAAUAUUUUGGCGAAGAUGUUAAAAUGCUCACCAUCUAUAGUCACUAUAAUGGUUCUGAAGGCAAAUAUUUUUGAUGUUGCUUCAAGGACGAAUCCCUUUGAUGUUGGCUCUAAUGGUUUAUCAAGUAGCUCAUGGUUGCUUUCUGAAAGACUUGCCAAGAUGCUUUUAAUUGACUUGCUCGACUUCACUAUGCAGCUUGUGGAGAACGGAGUACAAAACGAUGAUGUCCUUGCUCUUGUCAUCUUCGCCCUUCAGUAUGUUUUUGUUAAUCAUCAAUACUGGAAAUUCAAGGUUAAACAUGCUCGCUGGAAGGUGACACUAAAGGUAUCCCCUGAUUUACCUGUUUCAAAAAGAGUACAAAAACAUGGCUAG